GACUUGUUGUGGACUAUGCGCCGGAGCAGCUUCCUGUCACGUGUCCGCCACACUGGGAUCAUAUGACUCCAGUCGCUGAAAAUGAAAGCUGGGCGCAUCCAGCUGCAACCUGCGGUGCUCACACUGGUCUUGACUUGGUGUCUGUUCGCGGGGUGCGAGCGGACUGAGCUGCAGGUAUGCAGUCUGUGCAGCGGCUCUGUGCUCAACGACACUUCGGUGGGGGAGUUCUGCUCCGUGUCCACCGGACUGACACACGGCCGCUGCUGCCUGAGACCUGACAACACAACCGGCCUUGAACGCAUCAUCGGGUUGGAUCUGUCCAACUGUUCACUCACUCACGUAGAGGAUCUGCACAAGGCUUCGACAGCGAUAAUCAUAGACCUCUCACUUAAUCCCAUUGUGAACCUCAGCGACUCAGCCUUUCAAGGAUUUAUUGAGUUAAAUUAUUUGAUUUUGCCAGGAGACAUACUUUGUCCAGCAGGCAACGCGUCCUGGUCGAGGGUGGAGCUCAAAGACGGAAAUCGUCUCUGUGAAGGCCAGAGAAACAUGUGCAAUCAGACUGGACAGCUGUCCAUGAACUGCCCGGAGAACUCCCUCUGCGCUCCCUACGGGCCCGGCUUCUUUGAGUGCAGCUGUGCUGACGACUACCAUGGAUACAAGUGUCUUCGAGAGGGGGAGUUCCCGACUCUCCAGGUGUUUGGGCCUCUUGGUGCAUCUGCAGUCGUGAUCUCCUUCCUGCUGUGGGUCACUCAGAGACGGAAGGUCAAACCGCUCUGAGACGUCGAGCUGCACCCGUCCACUUCUUAUCUUUUUACCUGCACUGAUCAACUGAACUGAAACUGACUCCCCUGGAAGGGAAGAUGCUGACACAUAGUCUGAAUUGACCCCAUGUUUCAUUGAGACAUUUUAUUUGAAAUCCUUUCCGGGCUAGCUAUGUUUUAUUUAAGGGAAUUUUAAGGUCUGACAUUAGACUUAUUUUACUACUGAAAUACUAGUGCAACUUUAAAGAAGGGACUUUCCCAAAGUUUUUAUUUUUUACAAAAUUACCACUUUUAACACUUAUAAGUGAAGUUAACUGACACAAGAUACGAAUGAAGAGAUUGUAUUAUACUGAAUUCUGAACUGUUGCUCACUGUCGACUGUGCCAAACAAUUACUGACUGUGUUUACACAAUGAAACCACAUAUCUUAAAGCAUAAUAGAGGGGAAUUGAUGAUUGUGUUUUUGCAUGUUGAACAUGUUCUUUCUCAUAGAGGAAAAAAAAACAGAUUCACAUUAUGAUUCAUCACAAAACCUCAAGCUUGGUUGAGCUUUGAGUUUUUCAGUAUUAGAGUGAAUCAAGACUGAAACUGUUGUGUACCUGUUGUCGAGCUACACUCCAGCUAAACUGUGUCCUUGUGGCUGAAUCCUUUGUUCAAUGUCUCGAUGUGAACAAGUAGUUUCAAUGAUUUUCAGGGUUCUAAUAAAGAUUUUAAAAAACA